GUCUGGCGACCCGUCGCCAUUAGUGCAAGCUCGUCGUAACGGAAAUAUUUUUUUGAUCAAAAUCUUUAAACUGACUCGUUUUCCAGCCGUUGGAGAACAUUUAAGGCCUUGUUAAGGGCAUAUUGUUUUCCUUAACGAGAAAAAAACUUAAAUUUAGGGGUCUUGGCCCCUCGUGGCGAGCUUUCGUCCUCUUUUGCAACAGCCUCCAUAACUUGAGACGCCGAGAUCGUGUCUCUUAUUUUUUCUCGGGUUUGUUUUGUUGUCAAGAUGUCGCCGUGAUGGGGUCUCCGCGUUUGACAGAAAUGAAUCAGGGCCUUCGUCGCCUGACCCGCACUCACUGCAGCCCGCUUUCCUCCGUUUUUCUGUUUGAUGCUAGAGAGCUCGGCAGCUCUCUGCCCGGAGCUCGUCCUCACCACCGCUCACUGCACGGAAACAAACAUGGAGAAAAACCCCAACAGCAGCACCAGCACCAAGGUUCCGCCCCGUUCCAGCUCCACAGGCCCACCACCGGGCGAAUCUAAACCCAAAACAGAAGGUAAAAAUAAUGGAGGCUCCAAGCGCUACAGCCGCAAGCGUGAGCCUUCCUUUCCUAAAGCUGAGGGUUUCCAAGGCCCUCGCCGCACCAAUUCACAGAAAAGCAAGAAUUUUGACAAGAGACCCCCUCAGAGAGGCGGAGGACGACAGUAUGGAGUUACAGGUGGAGGACGACGUGAGGAGGUAGCAGAGACGCGCCGGGCCGAGUUUAGCCCGGCUCAGUUUGCUGGACCGAAAAAAAUAAGUCUGAACCACCUGCUGAACUUCACCUUUGAACCCCGUGGAGGUAAUGGUGGCGUCGGAGAUGGAGGCCACUCCUGUUGGGGCCGCCGAAACAAAUGGGGCCACAAGCACAAGCCCUUCAACAAGGAGCUUUUUCUGCAGGCCAAUUGCCAGUUUGUUGUGACUGAUGACCAGGACUACAAGGCUCACUUCACUGAUCCAGACACUCUGGUCAACUGGGACUGUGUGCAGCAAGUGCGCAUUUACAGCCAUGAGGUGCCGUCUUGCCCCAUCUGCCUCUAUGCUCCUCUGGCAGCACGCAUCACUCGUUGUGGGCACAUCUUCUGCUGGCCAUGCAUGCUGCACUACCUCUCUCUCAGUGACAAGAGCUGGUCCAAGUGCCCCAUCUGCUAUGAGGCUGUGCACACCGCUGACCUGAAGAGUGUGGUUGCUAUGGAAACCAGGCAGUAUGCAGUAGGUGAUGUAAUCACCAUGCGCCUGAUGCGGAGGGAAAAGGGGGCUCUGGUGGCGAUGCCUAGCUCUCAGUGGGUGAAGGUGGAGGAGCCUGUGCGCUUUGGAGAUGCGUGUCUUAGCCCGUACUCCAAGCUGCUGCUGACCUCCCCGGCCCAGGGCCUCAGCCUGGUGGCAGAGGAAAAGGCUGCCCUGCAGGCUCAGCUUGGACUGGAAGAGGACGCCCAGGGCUGUUUCAUCCAGAGCGCUCUUUGUCUUUUGCAGGAGCGAGAGGAAAUGCUGCUGAAGCAGGUGAAGGCAAAUGCAGCAGACAGCUUUGAAUUGUCCUCUCUGACUCUGGAAGAUCCUCCUUCCCCUGUGGAGGAAGUGGUGACUAACGUCACCAGUGCCAAGCCUGUGCUGCAGUACUCCUCUGCAUUUGAUGAUGAGGUGGCAGAGCCCACAGAGGAGCUGCCAGGGUUACCUGGAGGUGUUCUGGAGAGUGUGCUGGAAGAGCCUCCUGAGGCUGUAAUGGAUGCACCCCCAGAGCCCCAGCUUGAUGAGGAGAACCCAGCCGACCAGGCACUGCCAGGACGUCCCUCAGCCAGUGUGGUGCAUGGACCCUACUACUAUUUCUACCAAGCUGAGGACUGCCAACAGAUGUUCCUGCAUCCUGUGAAUGUACGCUGUCUGCUGCGUGAAUACGGCAGCUUGGAGGCCAGUCCUGACUCCAUCACAGCCACAGUAGUGGAGAUAGUUGGACACACAGUCACUGAGGAGAUCCGUCGUCGGCAUCGCUAUCUGGCUCAUCUGCCACUCACCUGUGAGUUCAGUAUUUGUGAGUUAGCCCUACAGCCCCCUGUCCUCUCCAAAGAAACUCUGGACACAUUUGCAGAUGACUUGGAGAAAAGAAAGCGCCUGAGGCAGAAGAAAGCGAGGGAUGAGAAGCGCAGAGAGAAGCGAAUUGAAAUCGAGGAGAACAAGAAGCAGGGUAAAUAUCCUGAGGUGCAUAUUGGAUUAGAGAACCUUCAGCACUUCCCAGCAUUUGGCUCUCCACCUCACAACAGCAGCCCCCCGAUCCAACCCGACUUCACAUUUGCCCCUCCUUCACCUCUCAGCAGCAGCCCAUCCUCUGAUGGGAUGAGAUUCCCGAGUCUGAAUGGGCAAAGCCCUUCACCCGUUGUGGGUAGUGUGGAGGACGACUCCCACUGCAUGUCCUUUGCACAGAUGCUAAGAGAUGGGAAAGCCAGAGUUGAUGCUGGGCCCAGGAUCACUCCAAAGAAAGAUAAGCUCCUAGCUCCCCCAGCAGCAGACAGUGAUGGAGAGAGUGAUGGGUCGGACCGUGUCCCGGUGCCCAGCUUCCAGAACUCCUUCAGCCAGGCCAUUGAAAAGGCACUUCUGGAGCUGGACAAUGGUUCAGCUUCUCCUCCACAACCUGUGGUUGACCCAGAUGAGAAAGGAGGCAAGAAGAAGAAGAAAAAGCAGAAACUUUUGUUCAGCACAUCCAUGGUUCACACAAAGUAGACAACACUGAAGUUCAUUUAAUCAUAUCAUUUCUUGAGUUGAUCUUCCCACUGCUUGUGUUUUUACUUCCAUGCAGAUCUUUCUUGGACUUACAAGCUAUGGAAAUAGGUUUUAGCAUGUAGCCAAAGUUCAUGCUGCUUAAGUCAUUGUUCCAUUGGCUUGAUUCAUUGUUUGGGUGUCAUGCCAUUAGUUUAAUUUUUUUGUACAACUUGGUCAAAGCUUUGCAGCAACCACCUGCCACACUGAAAGCCAUAUGGGGAACAUUUAGUUCAGAUGCUAUGUAAAGCAAGGAAUAGAACAAGCUGCUGGCUCUCAUACUAUGUUUGCUUCAGGCUUUUCAUGGAUUCCAGAUGCCUGGCUUGCAUCACAGUGGUUGCUACAUGAUGUCCAACUUUCCUCAAAUUGACCUUGAGCAUUGCAUCUGGGACCCAUGAGUAAUAAGGAUAAGAUAAUUCGAGGGUGCUUUAUAUUACAGUAGCAGUCAGCCAGCUGCAGGUACGUUGCACCUUUGAAUCUUUCCAGGAUACUCAACGCACAAACAUUAUAACUCUGGAACGUUGUGUUACAGCAAAAAAACACUUUUUUUUUCUCACAGG